AUGGACGAGCACGAUAUUCUACUAGACGAGAUCGCGGAACCAGGGGAUUGCGUCCCUGCGGGCACUGCUGAAGAAAGCAACGAUGAUGGUAUUGGAAGCUUUGCCGGCACCGAUUUUAUCGACGAACUCUAUACGAACGAUGAUGAACUUGAUGAGCAUGGCGUGAGAAUGGCUAUUGAGGCUCAGGCCGCGAAUAAGGACGACUUCAAGAUUGAUCAUUCCAAGGGGAGCUUUAGGAUGAAACCUAACUUCUACGUGUUGACAUUAGUGGUGUCUGCUCCAGCCGAGAACUUCAUAACACGAACGAACGCACCCGAUUUUGAUGCAUCCCAGGCGCUCGAAAUGUUUCAACGAAGAUACACGAUAGACUACGGAAGGAAGGCAUCCGGAUCCAGGACUGCUAAUCCUGAAGAUAGAUACUUCCCGAUCUUUCACCUGGAUAUGAUAGGCAUCGUCGGCCGGCCUCUACACCCAAUCACGAGACGGAGCGGUUUCUUCGACAACGUCACUUUUACUCUGAGAUACUGGCACUCAUCGUACGCUGGAAAGCACGUGUCGACCAACCUACCUUUUGAUAUCCUCAACCGAACCUUUCGAAUUGCAACUGCAGCAUCUCGUGAAGUCUGGUUCAUCGUGAUGCACCCAGUACAUAACCAGAUGAAUAACUUGUCCGGGUCGCAGGGCCAGCGUCGACAACGGCAGAAGGCUUCCCGUCGAAGCAGCGCUGUCGAGCGACACCAUGCCAAAGCUCUCGCUGAAUACAUCGUCGAGGUAUCUACAGAUAGUGAGCUCUUAGGCGAAGGGGUUGAGCCCUCAUGGGGCUUGAACGACCGGCGUAUAUCGAGUCUGUCGUAUGACAAGUGGACAACCUUCCAGACACUCUUCAUGAGGAAUUGGAAGAACUUUUCCGAAAAUCACUCAUACGACCGUUUCUGGAUUGAUAAUGAGCCUGCUUUCCAUACGUACGACUGCGGGGCUAAUAUUGAGAUUGAAGUCAAUGAGGAGCUCAAAGACCUACCGAUGGAGACACGUUUGCGAUCCGAGAGCGAAGACGACGACGAUCCGGACUCAGAUUCUGAUUCUGAGUCUGAGAUCGAGCCCGAACCCGGCACUGAACUUGAACCAAGCGAUGCAAAUGAUAUACAUGAUCCUGAGGACGGUAAUGACGGCCAGAGGGAUAGCACGGGUAGUAGGGACGAAGCGCCGACGGAGGUCAACCCAGGCGGCCCCGAGAAUAAUCAUGAUAUCUACCAAGAGCACUUAUAUAGCGAUGGACUUGAACAUCUCCGUACCGAAUUGGAGAAGAAGUACAACAUCGACAACAUCGACCACAUCUCCUACGCGUUGGCAGCAGACGUCAACUGCAUCGAGCGUAACCCUUCCACCCGAAGCGCUUUUCAACAGGAUGCCGACGACGGGACAUUGUCGCUCCUAGCAGACCGGCGCGCCCUCAUUCGGCAUUUUGGCGGUUCGAAAGGUUUCACUUUUUAUCCCCUCGCAUUCCAUCCCAGAUAUGGGAACUUUUCUUCACCACGUCCUCCACCUUUCCUGGAUAAUGUAUGCGUUGUGAUGCGCGACAACAUGAGCUAUCGCAACAAUGGUGCUGAUGAUGUCCUGUCCUUCGGCUACUUUCACGCCUACUCCAACAUAAAGCGGACGAUCCGACACAGUCCAGAAGACCUGCUUCCCGCUCGAGGCAUCGCCACCGGUGCUCUGACCCUUCCUCCCAGCGAAGCGAUACAAAGAGGGUACAUCUCCGCCUGUCAACAGAAGCUGCUGCGAACUCUCGCUGGCGAUCAGACACCUGAACAGCCGUCUCUGACGAUGCCGUUCGCGCGUGAAGGCCAUCGCAUAAGAGCAGCCAUGUCGCAGGAUCAGGUCGCUUUCCGGAUGGAGCAGGUGGUGACCAUCAGACCAGGCAAGCUUGAGCGUGGCCAUCGACACUUCUUCAGUGUUCUCCAUCCCAUCUUCCAGCUCAUGCGAUUUUUUCUCAAGGAGAAGCGGGCAUACACUACUGUGCUUAGGAGCUUUCUGCCAUCCAUCUUUCCUACCAUUCUCUGUUCCUUUGCUAAGCUGUUCGAGCUCGGCUUGGCGGAGAUGCAUAGGAGAUUCCUAGCACGGGCUGAAAAAGGUCUUGACCUGGCUCUGUCAGAAGCUGUUGCGGUGCUGGAUCGUCUAGGCAAUUACUGCUUCACCGGUGACACAAGGGUGCUGAUGUCCACCGUCUUCCGGCCACUCCUCACCAUGGACAGCCUCAAGUUAUGUGCCUGGCCGUAUGUGUCGGCGGACAUGCUUGACUUUCGAGGCUCGAGCGGGAAGCUAGAUGUCGUCCGGUGGCCCCGGACAAAAGACGGAGAGCGCAAGCCGAUAUUGCUGCACAUCGCGUCACUGGAGUACCACUACGGUCGGGUUGUCGCAGCCAACUGCCAUAGUCGGGUAUGGUUCAGCCAGCUCGGGGCGGAGGAUAUCGGGCACGUCGGAAGCGCCAAUAUGUUCCUGGGCAAGGUACUCCGUGGGUUUUGGGUGCCACAGAUGGUAGCUUUCAUGGCACAUCAGCUUCGUAUCCAGCUCAACCAAGGAGCACGUAGCGGUCGAGACCCGGCAGAGCACCUUCGACGAUCGCAGCGUUUCGGUGCAGUUUUGGAUGCUUGGGAACAGAGCGAUGAGCCAUUCAGUAGCGGACAAUUCGAUAAUUUGUUCCUAAACAUGGCAAACGGUAGCGAGCCUAUACCUAUAACUGCCCCUCCCAAAUCGAACAAGGCACGAAGCGAUUUUGCGACCGAGAUAUUCGAUGCGUGCCUGAAGGGCGAUGAGACUGCUGUACAAGCUAUAGCAUCCAAGAACGCCACGUGGCCAUCCAUGCUAGGGGAAGCGAUACGUCACACGAGAGAGCAAAAUGUGACAGCCCGCGAAUGGAUCGACGCAAUUACAAACCAGAUGGUGGAGGCUGGUAUAGACUGGGUUCCUGGAUACUACCGGCGACGGCUCACAUCACGGCGGGUCAUCCAACUCGAUAGCGUCCAGCGUUACGAGCGGCCAGUUGCAGUUUUGACCGGGCCACCACAUAGCCUUAAACGGGAGGCCAAGGCAGCGGAGCUGCGUCUGAUGGCGGCGGAUGGGCAACCCUCUAUAAAGCGAAGCAGGAAGCGGAGGAUCAAUGUAGGUUGCGAAGUACCAUUCAGGAAAGUGCCUCCAAUGAUACAGGAAGGGUUCAGUAAGCUAGAAAAGAACUACACCAAGACAGAUUCGAUGGCAGUCCGACACAUCAAUCGGGCCUACAGCUGUUUGGUCAAAUGCUUGGGUGAUCCGUUGUGUGAUAUGAUGCUUUUACUGGCUCUGACAUUCGGUGCUUGCACGGUGACGCCGCACAUCGACGAGCGAGGAACCGAAUUCUAUCAGGCUCCGAGAAGAAAAGAUCCUGAAAUGCUGGCAGCAGCGAUGGUUAUACGAAUGCUCUGGUUCAUGAGGAAAGAAGAAUUUCCAUGGGGGAAUACUGAAGAAAAAGUGUUAUCCGUUGGGAAGAUGACGCAGAAGAUUGAAAAUAGAGGUUUCAAUAAUCGCGGGUUGCUUAAGCUCGGAUGGGUGGAAUACAAUUCGAAUACCGGUACUCGUCGUCGAACGCCGCGGACAACAGAGUUGAAGCUCAAAUCGACAGAGGCGCUCUACGAUGACCACAAGCGGUUGAUUUCUGCCAUGAAUAAUGCAGAAAGAUUCAUAUCCUUGGUGUUUGGAAGUGAUGAUGAGGUUUGGGUGGCUCGGUGUUCGUCCAUAAUCCAAGAUAGAUGA